GUUUCUGUGGGUUUUUGUUUCGUUCGUUGCGAGUUCUUUGUGCCUUGACGGUGAAGUAGAAGCCCUGCUUCUUCUUCUUUCCUUCUCCUUCGGUGCCGGUCGUAAACCCGUUUGCUGUAACGCAGUGGGAGAAAAAGAAGAAAAAACUUGAUUGCUGUGAGCGCGUUUUGAGACGAAAUUGGCCCUUCUCUUUCAAACGACUUUUACCGAAUACGCAGCUCAUAGCCGCUACGCCUUCUUCUUUACCUUCGUAUCGUCACAUCUAAAUCAAUCAGCGCGCUGCGAUUUCUCUCCCUCUCUUCGUGGUUGUCUACAGGCUUUCCCUUUCCUCGCGUCCUUUGCAACACUUCUAGUGCAGGACCAUGCUUGUUUCUCCCGUCAAGGUUGUCAGCACCGUGUGCGUGUUGGUAGCUGCCGGUGCGGCGGUGGCCCACGGCGUCGCGAGCGACGAGGCGUGUCUCGCCGUCAUGUACCCGCAGAGUGCCAGCUUCUUUGGUGCCAUGGGUGCGACCAUCGCCCUCGUCUUCGCCAACUUGGGCUCCGCGUACGGGGCGGCCAAGUCCGGCGUUGGCGUCGCCUACCUCGGCCUCACGGCUCCUGAAAAGAUCAUGCGUGGUAUUGUACCGGUGGUCAUGGCGGGUAUUCUCGGCAUCUACGGCCUGAUUAUCGCCGUCAUCAUCAACAACAACAUUCACAGCGACGACAACUCCUACUCUGCCUACGCCGGUUACCUGCACCUUGGCGCUGGCUUGGCGGCGGGGCUGGCGGCUCUCGGCGCGGGCCUGUCCAUCGGUGUCGUUGGCGACACAGCCGCCCGUGCCUACGGUAAGCAGGAUCAGAUCUUCGUGGUCAUGGUGCUGAUGCUGAUUUUCUCGGAGGCGCUGGGUCUGUACGGGCUCAUUAUUGCGCUGCUGAUGAACAACCAGGCCAACCGUUACACGGACCUGUGCCGUUAA